UUGUGGGUUAUAGAAAAACCAAACGGCCGUGAAAGCAUUCCAGCAGGUGCUAUGGGUGGAACCAGGAUUUCCACGAGCCUGCGAGGUUCACCUACGGCUCGGCUUAAUGCUGAAGGUCCACGCUGACUUCGACGCCGCCCUGAAGCAUCUGACACUCGCUCUGAUCGACGCCACGACACCUGCCUCCUUCUCCAAGCUUGAAAUAAAAUUUCACAUUGCCCAUUUGUACGAGGUCCAAGGGAAAUAUCGUCUUGCUAAGGAGCAUUACGAGGCAUUGCUUAAGGAGAAAGCUUUACCUUCCCACCUGAAGGCCGACAUUUGUCGUCAAUUAGGAUGGAUGUACCACGUGGUUGAUUGUACGGUGCUUGGGAUAACGAGACAGCAGAAGCAAGCAAUCGCCAUCCACUGUCUACAAAAGUCUAUCGAGGCGGAACCGAAGAGCGGGCAAAGCCUCUAUCUGCUGGGACGUUGCCUCGCCGCCUCUGGAAAAGUUCAUGAUGCAUUUAUUGCUUACAGAAAUUCCGUGGAAAAGUCCGAAGGAAACGCUGACACGUGGUGCAGCAUAGGCGUCCUAUAUCAACAGCAGAAUCAGCCUAUGGACGCAUUACAAGCCUACAUAUGUGCUGUACAGUUAGAUAAAUCACAUUCGGCUGCUUGGACGAAUCUAGGCAUUUUGUACGAAAGCGUUAGUCAGCCAAAAGACGCUUUAGCUUGUUACGUCAACGCAUCCAGGGGUAAUAACAACACACCGAAUUGUACGGGCUCACUGGCGGGCCUGGGUGGCCCUAAGUCAGGCGGUAACACCCCGAUGAACCCAUCGCUUCAACAGCGGAUCAGCUUUCUACAAAGUCACCUAAGCCAAGCACCAAUGCCUUCCGUCGCCACCAAGAGGCGGCAACUGCCGUCUAUAGAAGAGGCUUGGAACUUACCUAUUAGCGCUGAGAUGUCCAGCAGGCAGCAACAACAGCAACAACCACCCUCUGGUCCAGGUUAUAAGUAUGGUACGACACCUUCUGGACCACCGCCUCCUUAUCCCCAAGGACAGGGACAGGGGCAAAAUCUUAAUACAAAAAGAUUUAAGCCAGGAGAAGAACCAAUCUCUCCAGGCGGUCAGCAAAGACCGGCACCGUUUUAUCUUACGUCCCAACAACUGCAAAUGCUACAGUUUCUUCAACAAAAUCAUGGAAGCUUGACAGCGCAGCAGCAAGGUCUACUUGUUCAAUUACAGCAGCAAUACAGGUGUAUGCAACAACACCAACAACAGAUUAGAUUACAACAACAGCAAGCUGCUCAGAGAGGAUUGCGACCGGGACAACCGGGUUAUCCUACAGGCUACAAUCAUACGCAAUUAGGACAACCUGGUGUGAUCAAAAAUUAUGGAAUACCUCAGCAACCGCUGCAGCAAGGUGGAACUGUCGCAUUGCAAACAGGAUUCUCAGAUUCGAAUGUCGGCUACAACACAGUAGCGACUGGUAACAGCCAGACGCCGGGGAUGCCUUAUAAAUCUGCCUCUGAUCCAAAUUAUCCUCAGAGACAAUUGACAUCCAGCCAAUAUAACCAAUACCAGCCUAACCAGUACACUGCCCAAGGUUAUACUCAAAUAUCGUCCACGACGAGCAAUUACCCAGAAGGUUCCGCAGGAAAUAAAGACUUGGGUGUAACGGAUCAAGAGCUACAAGCUCUGUUGUCCCAGAAAGAUAUCGCGACAUCGUUAGCGGAGGAUCUCUUAAAGCAUUUCGGCUCGGAAGAUUUAGACGUGAAGGAAGAGGCACCGAGUAUUAUUAAUAACGGCACUUUAAGUUCGGGUCCGUUUUCUCCGUCAAAUCUCGAAGAGAGUACAGAAAAGAGCAAAGAGGUGAAACUAGAGAAGAUAGACGACACCCAGCCGUCGUCCACGUCGAAGCUCGAGGCGUACGAGAAGAGCAAUACGAAGGCACCGGCUCCGGCUGUCGAGACGGUAAAGUGCGAGGCGACGUCAAGUACAAAUAAAAUUGAAUCGGUCGCCCGGAUAGAACCAGUGCUCAAAUUAGAAAGUUUGUGCGAAUCGCAACCGGAACAGGAGCUUAGCAUAGAUAUGGAUUCGAAGGCCAUUAUAGAGGCGUGCAAAGGUCGGGGAUUGAACGGUGUACCGAACUGCUCCAUAUUAAGUGAUCGUUCACCUCCGCCGGCGCCGCCUGAUCCUCCAAAUCAGAGGCUAACUAAGGAGCAACUUCUACCUCCGACACCUAGUGUUUAUUUAGAGAAUAAGAAGGAUGCAUUCAGUCCGCAGCUUCAAGAGUUCUGUCUAAAACACCCGAUAGCUGUGAUUCGUGGCUUGGCAGCCGCAUUGAAGCUGGAUCUCGGCCUCUUUUCGACUAAGACUUUAGUGGAGGCGAAUCCGGACCACGGCAUCGAGGUGAGAACGCAAAUGCAGCAAACCAGCGACGAGAACUGGGAUCCUGUGUUGGGGAGGAAAGUUUGGGGUUGUAUCAGUCAUAGAAGUCACACGACAAUCGCGAAAUACGCGCAAUACCAGGCCUCGAGUUUUCAAGAAAGCUUGAAGGAGGAAAGGGAGAAGGCUCAAGGUAUACAUACCUCGAAUCUGUCCGACUCGGACUCGAAGGAUAGUACUGGUGCUGUCAGAAGGAAGAAAAAUGCUUUUGGAUUGGCGGGUCGACCAGGUUCGAAAAUGUUACGAUUUGGGACCAAUGUAGAUUUAUCAGACGAGAGAAAGUGGAAACCGCAGCUUCAGGAACUAAUGAAAUUACCGGCGUUCGCUAGAGUCGUCUCAGCUGGAAAUAUGCUCAGUCAUGUGGGGCAUGUUAUCUUAGGCAUGAAUACUGUUCAGUUGUACAUGAAGGUGCCUGGUAGUAGAACACCUGGUCAUCAGGAAAACAAUAAUUUUUGUUCUAUUAACAUCAAUAUUGGGCCAGGAGAUUGCGAGUGGUUUGCAGUGCCUGAUGCAUACUGGGGUGUGAUUUGCUCCCUUUGUGAGCGAAACAAUAUCAAUUAUCUCCAUGGUAGUUGGUGGCCUUCUUUAGAGGACCUUUAUGAGGAGAACAUUCCGGUAUAUAGGUUUUUACAAAGACCAGGCGAUCUUGUAUGGGUUAAUGCGGGUUGUGUGCACUGGGUUCAAGCUGUUGGAUGGUGUAACAACAUCGCAUGGAACGUUGGUCCUUUGACUGCUCGGCAAUAUCAACUGGCAAUUGAACGAUAUGAAUGGAAUAAACUGCAAUCAUUUAAAUCUAUCGUACCAAUGGUACAUUUAUCUUGGAACUUAGCAAGAAAUAUCAAAGUGUCGGAUCCCAGAUUGUUUGAAUUAAUUAAAAAUUGCCUAUUAAGGACAAUGAGACAUUGUUGCUUAAUAUUAGAGUUUGUGAAAAAAAAAGGUGUAGAAGUUCGGUUUCAUGGACGAGGAAAAAACGAAGCGUCACAUUACUGCGGCCAAUGCGAGAUUGAGGUGUUUAACAUCUUGUUCAUAAGAGAGCAAGAAAAACGACAUGUUGUUCACUGCAUGGAUUGUGCACGAAAACAGUCUCCAUCUCUGGAAGGUUUCGUUUGUCUAGAAGAGUACAGAAUGCGUGAUUUAAUGGAAGUUUAUGACGGAUUUACUUUACACUCUUCUCUGACAACUCCCUCAUCAGUUCAGUCUAACCAAUCCUCCUGAGAAUACAUGCAACACAGAUAUUUGGACUUCUUAGGCACUCUACAGUGACUUAAGAAGUACAAUAUCUGUGUUUAAGAAGAAUCAUUACAAUAAGCAUUAUUCAAGUACCUGAGAGCUAUCAUAAAAGAAGAAAAAAUGUAAAAGAUCAAAAACUUCUAUAUGUUCGCAAAAGUCAAACAUCUGUCUCCAUGCUAAUUUUGAUGUACGCACAAUACACGUACGAAGCUAAUAAAUUUUAAAUUUGGUAAUUAGCAAAAAUAAUUAAAAAUUAUUUAGCAUUAUUUAUAUAAUGAUACUAACUGAAAAGUAUAAUAUUCGAAGAAUUUUAUAUUAAAUUGAUGUAGAAAUAUUGUUUCAGCUCUCGGGUAUAGAAAAUCGAAAUUAAGUAAACGAAAAAAGACUGCGUUUUACUUAUAAAUUACUCGACCAUCAUUUGUAAUCCUUUGAUGACGUCACCGUGAUAUUGGUGCAAAACCUUUAUAAUAAGACAUGCUCUGAAUAUUAGUUAUUAAACUUGACCGCGUUUUCUAUUGAUUUUAUAUCGUGGCAAGUAUCUGCAAAGCAUUUAGUAUUUAUUUUCAUCAGGAACAACGAGAAAUUUAUUAUAUUUUGUUCAUAAAUUUCACGCAUUUUAAAAAUUUUUACGAAUAACAAAUUAAUAAAAGAAAAAAAAAAAAAACAAAACGAAAUUUCAUUCACUCGGAAAUGUUCACUGCCAAUCGUGAAUAUAUAUAUUAAAGGAUUACACUUGUCCAAAGUGAUGAGGGAUAAGCUGUCGUUAAUUAUUGUUAUGAAUUAAGAUACGAUUGUUAAGUAUUGCAAAGCUGCUCAAGACGGACUUGUACAUUUUUGUAUACAAGCGAAUUGAAAUGAUUAUUGAUUUUUAUGAAAUUCAUGGAAAUUAUUAUAGCACAGUUUUGAACGUCCUACUGCCAAUAAUAAUUCGAUUCUGAAUAUUGUAGCAAUGAUUAUGUUCUCAUAUCAGUUCUGGAGACAAUGAAAUCAGUAUCAGAUUGAAAUUUAUUAAGAACAAAACAAUUGCCGAGCUUUUCUUAUAAAUUCAAACGACGUAGCCAGAAAAACACAAAGUGGCAUCGUGCUUCGCGAUAAAUUAAUUAUUGUGUCAUAGCGGCUCUAAAAUAUUUGUACAGUAAAAAAUACAUUUUGUAACAAUGAUUUCUAAGAUAUACCAACCUCCGUGUUUAAAACAAAAAGAUAAUAAUGGCGUUUCUCAAUUUCAUAGCCGGAGAAAAAACAGAAUCGGCAGUCAUUAGAGAUCGCGGUAUCAUGUGCUGAAAUUUCAAUUUAAUCUGUCGAUCAUGUUAUAAAGCAGUAGUUGUAAAUGAAUUUAUUUACAUUGAUUUUUAAUUAUACAAAAUGUUUCAUUGGUCUAUGCAAUUCAUUUCAAUAAAUGAAAACUGUAUAGAUUAGUGAUUUAUUUAGAGUAUUAUUUAAAGUAAUAUAAUUUUAACGAGUCUAAGGACGAUGUGUAAAAACAAACCUCAACGUUAAAAAAACAGUUGGGAAACGCUGGUAUAGAGUGUGUUUAACAGCAAGUAGAUUGUAUCUUCGUACAGGAGAAACGUACCUUCAACUCAGUCUCGUCAAUUCACAUUGGUGUAUAGCUACGCCAAAUGUACGUGCCAGAAAACAAAAAAAAAAAAAAAAAAACAAAAAAAAGAAAGGAGGGAAAAGAAAUUCUUAACUACCACAAGUGUAUAAAUAAUGCAAUUCUCGUUCCGCCGAAAAAAUGUAUUUUCACAAACGCGUGAGAGAGAGGGAGAGAAAGGGAGAGAAAAUGAAAACGAAAGAGCAAAAAAAAAAAAAAAUGGUAGAUAGUACAGGUCGUAAUAAGAUCAUCGAAGAACGAUGUAUUUUUGAAAAUUCUAGGAAAUGCUAGUUCCGCCGAGUUAGUUAAUCACGAACGACAUUCGCAUUUCUUUUGUAACCGCGCAACCAAUUUCGAUGUUGCAUCAUUGCAAUAUAUAUGUUGCACGAUUGCAAUAUAUGUGUGUAUAUAUAUAUAUAUGCACAUAUACAUAUACAUAUACAUAUGUACACGUAUAUAUAUAUAUAUAUAUAUAUAUAUAUAUAUAUAUAUAUAUAUAUAUUUAUAUAUUAUAUACAGCAAUGACCCGAAUAUAAAUGCUAGUUUCUGGAUAUGUUAAUACUCUAUCAUUGAAUCUUAACAAAAAUUGUACGGGUCCGGAAAACUCGUAUCCAAGAGUAUUUUAAUCCAUGCACUCAAAUGAUCUCAUUGCAUGUAAUAUUGGCAGUAAAUGACAAUGAGCUCUCUGCCAGUAUUUCGAACUGACUUGACAACUUUGAAUAACAAUUAAUAAAUUAUGUAUAAAUAUAUUUAAUGUAAAAACUAAGAUUAGAUAACGUGAAAUGAAUCGAAAGCAGAAUAGCUCAAGAGCUUCGAUAGUUAAUAACGAACAAACUGAAACCAGUGCGUUGUGCCUGUUUUGCUGUGACUUGAUGGUUGAUCUAAGCCAAUUCGUAUUUGAAAUUGAGACUAUGACAUCUCUAAUCGUUUGCUACAUUGUGUAGAAAUUUUUUAACGUUAUACUGUUUAAUUCAAUUCCCUCUUUUUAAUAAAUUAUAUAAAUUAUCUUUCAUUCAUUAUAUGUCUAUAUUAAUUGGCAAUAUGGAGCAAAUGCACACAGUAUAUUGUGUAUGCUGAUAUAUGAUAUAAUAUUAAAAAAAAAUCAAUAAUGCUACAUUGCAAAAUUCGGAAAUUAGAAAUAAUUUGUUCAGAAUAUAUUGUACACUUUGUAACAAUGAAAUGUACAUGACGUAAGAAUAACAAUUAGAUAUGCAAAAUUUUAUCAAUGAAGUAUACAACAAAGUAUAUUGAAAUUGCACUGUUCAAUAAUGGUUUAAUUGCAAAAGGUCCAGAGCACUGGCAGUUCAAGUUUGUUUGCAGUUUAAUAUUUUAGAAAAUUUUAGAUCCUUCGAAUCGCGUGAAGUUUUAGUGGAUGAAUUGAACACGCAACAUGAUUUAAGAUACAGAAAAAUAUGCUUUUCUUAAUGAUCACACGUGUUACCUAUAAAUGAAAUACUUGCGAUUAAAUGGAAAAUAAUUCAGGAUUCUAAUGAAAUAAUUUGUGAAUAAUCAUUGGUAAAAAUGUAAACUUGAAUAUUGGUAAAUUCUGAAGCGUGAAAAUUUCUUUGAACGUAUAAGGCACGUAUUCGAAAUAAGAAGAAAUGUUUUUCUUUAGAAGUUUUUUUCUUUUAAUUUUUCUUUUAGCACAUUUAAAAUAUGCUGCAAUUAUUGCAUAUAUUAUGCAGGAUGAUCUAGAAAUCUAGUAUGAUAAUUUUGGACAAUUGGCAGUAUUAUUGCUGAUAACAUUUUUAUAUUCAUUAGAAUUGUGAUAAUUUAAAAUGUACCACUUUAAACAUCACAUGAUGAAAGAAGUUAUAUAACAUGUUGUUUAUAUAA